CUCGGCCGGCGGCGCAGCGGAGCGGCGGAGGAGUCCGAGCCGGAGCCGGAGCCGCGCGCGCCCCGCCCGCCCGCGCCGCCCUUCCUCCCUCCCUCCAUGGCGUUUAUCCGGAAGAAGCGGCGCGAGCAGCAGCUGCAGCUCUACUCCAAGGAGAGAUUUUCCUUGCUGCUGCUUAACUUGGAGGAGUACUACUUUGAACAGCAUACAGCUAAUCAUAUUCAGCACAAGGGCAGUCAGAAUGAAAGGAAAAUCAGAGGCUCCUUAAAAAUAUGUUCAAAAUCAGUUAUUUUUGAACCGGAUGCAACAUCCCAGCCCAUCAUUAAGAUUCCUUUGAGAGAUUGUAUAAAAAUAGGAAAACAUGGAGAAAAUGGAGCCAAUAGACACUUUGCAAAGGCGGUAUCCGGGGGGAUCUCACUCACUUUCAGUCAGGUAUAUUUCAUUAAAGAACACAACAUUGUUGCACCAUAUAAAAUAGAAAGGGGCACAAUGGAAUAUGUCUUCGAGUUGGAUGUUUCAGGGAAGGUGGAAGGUGUCGUGGAGACAUUGCUUCAGCUUCACAGAGCAUCCUGUCUGGACAAACUUGGGGACCAAACUGCUAUGAUAACAGCCAUUUUGCAGUCCCGUUUGGCUAGGACGUCAUUUGACAAAAACAGAUUCCAAAGUGUUUCUGAAAAGCUGCACAUGGAAUGCAAAGCAGAAAUGGUGACACCUCUGGUGACGAAUCCUGGCCACGUGUGCAUCACUGACACCAACCUGUAUUUCCAGCCUCUCAAUGGGUACCCGAUCUGCAUCUGUCACCUCUCCAGCCAGUGCAGAGCUGCGUGUGGCACUGCUGUCACUGGGCAGCUGCAGUUCUGCUGCUGUGAUGCUGGAAACAUCUUCUCUUGCACGAUGACUUUAGGCUCACGAGGCCACACAAAACCCAUGGUCCAGAUAACACUCCACGACGUCCGCCGCAUUUACAAGAGGAGACAUGGCCUCAUGCCUCUGGGCUUGGAAGUGUUUUGCACAGAAGAUGAUCUGUGUUCCGACGUCUACCUGAAGUUCUAUGAACGUCAAGACCGAGAUGACCUCUAUUUUUACAUUGCUACAUACCUAGAGCACCACGUGGCGGAGCGCACGGCCGAGGGCUACACGCUGCAGUGGCAGCGCGGGCUUCUGUCCAACUACCAGUACCUGCUGCACCUCAACACGCUGGCCGACCGCAGCUGCAACGACCUCUCCCAGUACCCCGUGUUCCCCUGGGUCGUCGGCGACUACAGCAGCUCCGAGCUGGAUCUGUCAAAUCCAGGAACCUUCCGGGAUCUCAGUAAGCCAGUAGGGGCCCUCAACAAGGAACGUCUGGAGAGGCUGCUGACACGCUACCAGGAGAUGCCGGAGCCCAAGUUCAUGUACGGCAGCCACUACUCCUCCCCGGGCUACGUGCUGUUUUAUCUGGUCAGGAUUGCACCAGAGUAUAUGCUGUGUCUGCAGAACGGAAGAUUCGACAACGCAGACAGAAUGUUCAACAGUAUUGCAGAAACUUGGAAAAACUGUUUGGACGGUGCGACUGAUUUUAAAGAGCUGAUUCCGGAAUUCUAUGGUGAUGAUGUCAGCUUUUUAGUCAAUAGUUUGAAGCUGGAUUUGGGAAAGAGACAAGGAGGGCAGAUGGUUGAUGACGUAGAACUCCCCCCUUGGGCACGGAGUCCCGAGGACUUUCUCCAGAAGAGCAGAGACGCACUGGAAAGCGAUUACGUGUCAGAGCACCUUCAUGAGUGGAUCGAUCUCGUGUUUGGCUACAAGCAGAAGGGGAGGGAUGCUGUUGGAGCCCACAAUGUGUUUCAUCCCCUGACCUACGAAGGAGGUGUCGACUUGAACAGCAUUGAGGACCCUGAUGAGAAGGUAGCCAUGCUCACCCAGAUCUUGGAGUUUGGGCAGACACCAAAGCAGCUCUUUGUGACACCGCAUCCUCGAAGGAUCACCCCAAAGUUUAAAAGCUUGGCCCAGCCCUCCAGUUACAAUGCUUCCACGGCAGAUACUCCAGUCUCUCCAGGUGAAGAGUCUUUUGAAGACCUGACCGAAGAAAGCAGAACGCUGGCCUGGAGUAACAUCACGCGACUGCAGCUCCACGAGCAGCACAAAAUCCACAAAGAGGCAGUCACUGGAAUAGCAGUCUCUCGCAGUGGGUCGUCUGUCUUUACAACCUCACAAGAUUCCACCUUGAAGAUGUUUUCCAAAGAAUCCAAGAUGCUACAAAGAAGUAUAUCAUUUUCAAAUAUGGCUUUAUCAUCGUGUUUACUUUUACCAGGAGAUGCCACUGUCGUAAGCUCUUCGUGGGAUAACAAUGUCUAUUUUUAUUCCAUUGCAUUUGGAAGACGCCAAGACACAUUAAUGGGACACGAUGAUGCUGUUAGUAAGAUCUGUUGGCAUGACAACAGGCUGUAUUCUGCGUCGUGGGACUCUACUGUGAAGGUGUGGUCCGGGGUUCCUGCAGAGAUGCCAGGCUCCAGGAGACACCAAUUUGACCUGCUGGCCGAGCUGGAGCACGAUGUCAGCGUCGAUACAAUCAGUUUAAGCGCUGCAAGCACACUGUUGGUUUCAGGCACCAAAGAAGGCACAGUGACUAUCUGGGACCUCACUGCAGCCACCGUAUUGCACCAGAUUCCAUGUCACUCAGGGACUGUAUGUGAUACUGCUUUCAGCCCAGACAGUCGCCACGUCCUCAGCGCAGGAGAAGACGGCUGUCUAAACGUCGUCGAUGUGCAGACAGGAAUGCUCAUCUCUUCUAUGACUUCGGAAGAGCCCCAGAGGUGCUUCCUCUGGGACGGAAAUUCUGUUUUAUCCGGGAGUCAGUCCGGUGAGCUGCUUGUCUGGGACCUUCUCGGGGGGAAGAUCAGGGAGAGAAUCCGGGGCCACACAGGUAAGCUGUCUGCCGCUGACCUGACUCCUCCAAACCUGCUUUUCCCACCAGCAGACGAGCCCUUCUCAAGCAGAAAACUCCCCGUGUGUCCUCUGUGCCGUGGACGUUCCCCUCCAGAUCCUGGCUGGCCAGGCCACCUGCAUCUCUUGGGUUGAGAGAUAUUCGACUCCAGAAUGGAAGUUUUUAACUUCCACAUGGAGAAUUAAAAGCCAAGUAAAAGCUGUAUGUGCAUUUAAUACAUGCACACGGUAGGAAGAAACAAUACAAAAGUAAUGGAAACGGUACCAAAGUAAUGAAUCACAGUGGAAAUGAAGUCUUCCUCCCAGACUCCCCCCGCCCCCCCCCCCCGGGCCUCAUCCUGGGAAGACUGCAGCUGGGUUUCUGGAGAUGUCUCACAUUGUUGAAGGAUGCGCUGCUGUGUGCGUCAGCGUUCUGCCCGUUGGGUUUUCACUCUGCUUACAUUUGCACGUCUUCCUCUCCUCUCAAGCACUUGGAGGAUUUAUGGUUAAUUCUUGUAAUGGCUAUGGUUAUAAGUAUCUACUGACUGCCCACCUUCACUCUCUUCCCUCUGUCACUGUUGUGUGUGGUUAUUUCUUCGUAACAUUAUACAUUGAAGUGACUUGUCUAUGCCUUUCUUCCCCAGCUCACAAGCUUUAAAUAACACUUUGACUCCUGACAGAAAUGGAAGUAAACCAGCAAACUCACACCAAUUCCCUACUUCUCUCAUCUGCUGCCUGACUUUUGUCACAGGUGUAUAUGAUAUUUGUAUUCUGUUCUGCAAUUCCCAGUUGCUUUAGCUUUACAUUCAAAUAGUUUCUUAUUCCUCGCAAGUUCCUUGUACUGAGUAGUUACUCUGAGUUCAUGCAGAUUGUAUUAUAGGACAAGACCACGUGGUACCGCCUGGUCAGCUCACCCCCUAACCACACGUCUCUUCUCGCAGGUGCCGUAACGUGUAUGUGGAUGAACGACCAGUGUAGCAGUGUCAUCACGGGAGGGGAAGACAGACAAAUUAUGUUCUGGAAAUUGCAGUAUUAAGUGCCUUUUCCUCGAAUAUUAUUGAACUCUAUGUAAUGUUUUAAACCAAACUUUUAAACGACCUGGUGAACGUGCAAUUAUAGUAGUUAGAAGUCUUACCACAUGAGAAAUUUGUGGUUUUAAACUUUAUAAAUCAUGGUGACUUCACUGAAAGCCAUUAGUUGUCAUGCUCUAAGGCAGAUGGAGAUGUGGCAGUACUGGGGAGAAAAACGUUAACAUUUGUAAGGCAGGUGGUCAGCCCAGGAUGACGAUGGUCAGAAGACAAGUUUGGGUGGCAAAGAGCGUAGCUAAGAGAUACUAAACCAGCUGGGGAAACUUCCCAAAAGCACUGAACAAUUUAAGGACUUUCCAAGAAAAUGUGAGUAUUCUCUGCUGCCGAGGCACUCCGUUAUGUCUUCCUACUCGACACAAUUGCUGCCCGCUGGGUUUUGGGAUGUGUGUUUCCACGGAGUGCUUACUUUCUAUAACCGCCUGGCCCCAGGUUCUAAGAACCUGGGGAAGGAUUAUUUCAUUAUAGCUAUUAAAUGCCCAUCUUUUCCAUGACAUUAAAAAUAUUUUUCUGUAAUGAAA